AGAGGAGAGUUUGUCUCUCUGAGCUGUGAGGAGGACGACAGCUCUGCUGGAUGGACGCUGAGGAGGAACACAACCAGAGAAACCAGGACUCAGUGUGGAGCUGGCUGGGGAAGAUCAGCUGGUUCUUCCUGUUACGUCAACUACAUCACUAUAUGGGACAGUGGAGUUUACUGGUGUGAGUGCAGAGAGGGAGCAACCAGUAACACCAUCAACAUCACUGUCACUGAUGGACCAGUGAUCCUGCAGAGUCCUGUCCUCCCUGUGAUGGAGGGACAUGAUGUCACUCUGCACUGUAAAACAAAGACCCCUCCCUCCAACCUCCCAGCUGGUUUCUAUAAAGAUGGCUCCCUCAUCAGGACUGAGCCUACAGGUCACAUGACCAUCCACCAUGUUAACAAGUCUGAUGAAGGCCUCUACAAGUGUAACAUCAGCAGUCGUGGAGAGUCUCCAUCCAGCUGGAUCUCUGUCACAGGUGGACCUACAACCUCAGCCCCGCCUGCAUCUGCAGCCCCUCCACCUGCUUCAGACCCCCUCCAGCUUGUGUUCAGACUGAUCUACCACCUUGUGUUGUUCUGUCCAUACUGCAUCUCCACUGUCAUCAUGGUGUCCUUAUAUCGACACAGGCAAACAGGAAAUGACCUGCCCAUCUCCAUGGUGAUGACCUCACCCACCCAGGCUGAGGAUGGAUUGGAUGAUGACAGUAAUGUUGUCAUCACUGCUGUCACCACAGAGCAUCACUUCUGAGUUGAUCCAGUGUGUUCAGUGUGUUCUGGUUCUUAAUGAAGCUAAAAUGUUUGAGUCAUCGGCAAAUAAACCUCAGAUUUCCUUUAUAGAUCACAAACAGCAGAGGACCCAGAACACUUCCCUGUGGAACUCCUCAUGUUCUAGUUUGACUUGUAGAUGAUGUUGAACUCAGGAUCUCAGAUUCAGCAGCAGCGACAGUCUCACUUUGAACUCUUCUAAUGUUAUACUGCAAGCAGCUGUGUGAGAGAGGAUAUCAGGAUUAACUCUGUCAGGUUUAGUGAAGCCUGAUCACUCAGAGAAAGACUCAGGUGAACUAGAUUCAUGAUACAGGCCGCUUGACAAAUGCAUUGUUCAAAAGCAUGUUUUUGGUCCACAUGAAAGAUGAUAGUUCAGGUUGUGGCUUGAGUUCUGUUAUUGGUUUCAGAUGUGUUAGAUCAGGGCGACAUCUUUACUUUUUUAUUUACUACAUUGAAGUUCUUAAUAAACCUCUUACAAUCGA